UGCUCGUUGUUUCCAGUCGGACUCAGUUCCUCGCCCCCUUCAUGUUCUCUCUCUGCGCUCCGUGUCUCUUCUGACUGCUUAUUUGUUUGUUUGUUUGUUUAUCUUCUAUCCGGUAAAAUCCUUCGUUGUUACGGGACAUGUCGGCUGGCGGGAGUCUCGCGGGUGGUGGGAGUUCCUUGUUCUCCGGGUUCCGGGUUCUGGGACUUUACUCCAACCACGUGCCGCACGCGCUCAGGUACCACAAGAAGCACCGGGAGUUUUACGUAGUGACGGCUGUCGGGAAAUGUUUCCACACGUACAACGUGAACCGGUUGGGGAUCGUUGCUGUCAGUAACAGCCUUCCAGAUGACAUCACCUAUGUGGCAGCAGACAGGAUGUUGGUGUUCGCCGCCGCUGGACGACUCAUCAGCGCCUUCGCCCGGAACAAAGAGGUGGUGAUGUGUUACCAUGGACACAGACAGGAAGUGCGUGUGCUGCUUCCUCUGGGUGAUCAGCUGAUCUCUGCUGACAGCGGUGGUGAUGUCAUCGUGUGGGAUGUACAGGGAGGAGAUGUCUACCUGCGGCUAGAGUUCGACCCCGCCACCUUCGACGUGUCGGCCAUGAUGCACCCGAGCACCUACCUGAACAAGGUGCUGCUGGGAAGCUCCCAGGGUGCACUGCAGCUCUGGAACAUCAAGACCAGUAAGUUGUUGUUUACGUUCCCUGGCUGGUCAGCGGGAGUCACUGUGCUGCAGCAGUCUCCCGCAGUAGAUGUGGUCGGUAUUGGUACAGCAACAGGUCGCAUCAUCAUUCACAACAUCCGAUUGGACGAGACGCUGAUGAGCUUCACACAGGACUGGGGACCAAUCAGCUCACUUGCUUUCAGAACAGACGGUCCUCCCAUCAUGGCGUCUGGCAGUCCUCAGGGCCACAUUGCAUUCUGGGAUCUAGAUCGCCGCCAACUGGUCACUCAGCAGAGACACGCCCACAGCACAGCUGUCGCCAUGGCAACAUACCUGCAUGGUGAGCCGCUGUUGGUCACAAACGGAGCAGACAACGCCAUCAAGGUGUGGAUAUUUGAUCAGGAGGGGGGCGGAGCCAGACUCCUGCGGAGUCGUCAGGGUCACAGUGCUCCACCCACCACCAUCCAUCACCAUGGCAACGAUGGAAAAAACAUUCUGAGCGCUGGUCAGGAUGGGACACUGCAGUCCUUCUCCACAGUCCAUGAGCGCUUCAACAAGAACUUAGGUCACGGCUCCAUCAACAAGAAGAAAGAGCAGAAGAAGAAGAAGGGGCUGUCCUAUGAGGAGCUGCGUCUUCCUGCCAUCACAUCCUUCUCCUCCGCUGCCACCCGUCAGUCGGACUGGGACGGCAUCGUCGCCUGUCAUCGUGGUCGCCUAGCAGCCACCACAUGGAACUACCAGCGGUGCACCAUGGGAGCUCAUCACCUGCAGCCACCGGUUACUCGCAGGGACAGCAUCGCUACGGCAGUGGCCAUCACUUCCUGUGGCAACUUUGCUGUGAUUGGCUCAUCAUGCGGCCGUGUCGAUGUCUACAACCUGCAAUCUGGCCUGCACCGUGGUUGCUAUGGCGAUGACAAUAAAGCUCACAGUGGCGCGGUGCGAGGUGUUGCCACGGACACCCUGAACCAGCUGACACUCACCACAGGCUCUGAUUGGCUGCUCAAGUUCUGGCGCUUCAAGACCAGGAAACAGGAAGAGCAGCUGAAGCUAAAUGCUGCACCAGCUAGCAUGACACUACACAGAGACAGUGGGAUGUUAGCAUUAGCACUGGAUGACUUCACGCUGCUGGUGGUGGACACAGAAACCAGACGGGUCGUCAGGAAGUUUGCAGGUCACCAUGGCAACAUCAAUGACAUGACUUUCAGCCCUGAUGGCCGCUGGCUGGUUACCGUGGCGAUGGACUGCACCAUACGUACAUGGGAUCUCCCUUCUGGAUGUCUCGUCGACUGUUUCCUGGUUGCCAUGGCGCCAGUGGGCGUGUCUUUGUCACCGACCGGAGACUUCCUGGCGACAACUCAUGUCGACAGUCUGGGCGUGUACCUCUGGACCAAUAAGAGUCUUUGUGGACCUGUGGGGCUCCGCCCCCUCCCGGCUGACUACCAGCCAGCUGUGGAGACGCUGCCGGGGGUCACAGCGGACGAGUCAGAACAGGAAAUUGCAUCAGAGGAGGCUGAUGAUGCGUAUGAGUCUGCUGAUCAAUUGGGGGCGGAGCUUGUGACUCUGUCUCUGCUGCCAGAGUCUCGAUGGAAAAGUCUCCUGCACCUGGACGUCAUCAAGAGGAGGAAUAAGCCUGCAGCGCCGCCUGCUGCUCCGGCUGCUGCUCCCUUCUUCCUGCCAACACUUCCUGGUCUCACCCCUCGAUUCAUGUCGCCCACGGCAACCGAACAGGAAACACAGUCGAAGGUGCUGAGUUGGGGCUCGUUGUGUCAGAGGUCACAGUUCAGUUCUGAUCUGGAGUCAGCUCUUCAGUCCGGAUCAUUUGCUCGCCCACUGUGUCUCCUGAAGGAUUGUGGGCCAGCGGCGGUCUCCGUUGAGCUCACCGGUCUGACAUCAGAGGGGGCUGGAACCAGCAACCUCCUGCUCGCCUUCAUCGAGAUGAUUGACAGCAUGCUGGCCAGUGGGCGGGACUUUGAUCUGGCUCAUGCUUACCUGGCACUUUUCUUGAAGCUUCACCUCCGCUCGCUGUCGCAGGAUUCUGUUGCCAUGGCAGCAUUGCUCCGCCUCUCCUGCCGUCUGGAGGCAGGGUGGGCGGAGCUACAGUCAUCAUUCAACCAAUCACUGUGUCUGCUGUCAUACGCCAAGAGCGCCCUGCUGUGACAGUGUUUUUGUUUUGUACUUUAUUAAAUGUUGAUGACGAAUGCUGAUUCGUCUCCUUGUGUUUUGAUGUUUACAGUUUUGAAGUGACAUCACUGUGUUUAGAAUAAAAAAGUUAACAAACACAA